AUGUCGCAUCGUCAGAACAAUCGACGCUCUGGGAACUCGCGGCGACAGCAGUCUGUCGACUUUCCCCGAUAUCCUCCCAUGUCACAAUCUCAGACAGAGCUGCCGACGUCUGCCCCCUCUCCUACUCCUGCUCCUCCACCUGCUCCCACUUCCGGUGCUACUCUUCCCGCGCUCGUUGCUGCUCCUUACGCGCAGCCUGCUGUUCAGGUGUCCGAUUAUGAGUCAGACAAUCCAGGCUAUCAGUCGGACUACCCAAUAAAACCACCUCCUCCAAACCGCACCAACGAAGAACUCAACCUGUCGGUCCUCAAACGGCACAACCCUCAGAUAUCGUCAAUCCUCUCAAUAGCUCCUUACGCUGUCGUAUACGAGUUCUCUCCUUUACCUCAGCCUGAAUGGACAAAGACAGGAGUGGAAGGCUCCUUGUUCAUUUGCGAACUUACUCCAGGAGUAUAUGGCGAAGACAGGUAUUCCGCCAUUGUCCUCAACAGACGGGGCCUCGACAAUUUCGAAGCAGAACUGAGGGAAGGUGAAAAUGCUGGUGUCGAAAUAACAGGAGAUUAUGUCAUAAUUAGCUUCAAGGAGGGCUAUGAGCAAAAAAUCUACGGUGUCUAUAUCUUCCACGACGGCCCGGGGACCUCAACUGAACACGCCCAGAAGCUGAAUGGUGAGCUGAUGAAGUCUUUGGCUGAUCAUGCGGGUGUAAGUAGACAAGCCGCUGAAGCGGCUGCCUCAGCUGCAACGGCACAACAUACAAAUGGACACAUACUCCAGGCUGAGCAGAGCUUGCAAAAUCAGCAAGGAAGUGCACCAGGGCCCGGUCAGCAAAUCAGUUUGCAGCAAAUUUUCGGCCAGCAAAGAUCAGACGAUGCUGCAUGGAGUGUACGAGCGCAUGAGUAUGAUGGCAGAAUCCAGCCUCCACCACAGCCAGGGCUGCCAGGGCUGCAGCAGCCUGACGUGCUGACUGAUCUGUUCAGAAAAGCCGGUUUUGGUGCAAGAUAG